UCUCGGUCCAUCUCGCCCGACCAUGGAGCCUGAACCAGGCAUGCAGGCGUACAUGGACCCGUAUCCCAAGUACAAGAAGUAUCGACACCGCAGGGGCGGGGAUGACUAUGACGAGCAUGAUGAUGACGACGAGUAUUCCAAGUACAAGAAGUAUCGACACCGCAAGGGCGGGGAUGACUAUGACGAGCAUGAUGAUGACGACGACGAGUAUUCCAAGUACAAGAAGUAUCGACACCGCAAGGGCGGGGAUGACGAUGACGAGCAUGAUGAUGACGACGACGAGUAUUCCAAGUACAAGAAGUAUCGACACCGCAAGGGCGGGGAUGACGAUGACGAGCAUGAUGAUGACGAGUACUCCAAGUACAAGUAUCGAAACAAAGCCAAGCACCGCGCCAUUCACGAGGUUUCUAGAAAGACAUUCGACUGUUCGUCAAAUUACGGUCUUCGACUGCUGCGAUCAGGUAUACAAGAAGCAUCUCCGCGCGUCAUUCCUUGCAUAGUGGACGAUCCGCAUUUGUCUUAUGCAAGCUGGCGAACCAAGAUUUGGGUCACUCCACCCGCACGAGACAUAGUGUAUGUGUCGACUGACGUGCCGAUAAGAACUUAGAGUAGGGAAGCAAUGAUGGAACGCUUCGAUGUGUCACUUACACGACAAAUCCUUUGUUAAGAUAUCCCGAACGAUCCAUGCCGAAAUACGGACACUUCACGAUGUCGAGGGCCGAUAAUAUCAUAAAUGAGAAGUCCCACACACAACAAACAAAACAACAUCACACGCCGUCAAAUCUACCCAUCUACAAUGGGGUGGGUUCGUGCUCGUCUGUCUGUUGCGUUGGCGCGGAGUGCGAGUAUGUGUGUGCGUGGUGGGCGGCGCCGCUGGGAGAUACGACAGGCGGGCGCUGAGGAUGGUGCUGGCAUGUUUGUCGCAUGAUUGAGGGUUGGUCGAUGUUGACGCAGUUCGUUUCAUGAGAGAGCGACA